AUGGGCAAUGUCGCCAGCCGUCUCGAUGAGGCGGGGAAUUUGUUCUUCAAGGACCAGAAUCGAUUCUCGAUCGCUUCGGUCACCAUAAGCAACUCCAGGCGCCGCCUGUUGACCCUAUCCCCCAACGCAUUCCCGGCAGUGAGAUAUGUAGCCAAGCGGGAUGCAGGUGAUGAUACUCCGAUCGAAUAUAUCCAGGAUCCCGACGUCCCCUCUACUGCUCCCACUCCCACUUUCUUAUUGCGCCUCGCAAACGACGAUGAACUCAUCUUCAACUUCACCUUUAUUCUUCGUCAAACACCAACGGGCAACGUUACCGGGUCCACUGUCAACGGCGUCUCGACUUCACUUCCUGAAGUGAGCGACACCAUUCUUAAUGGACUUACUUUUGCCCAUGCGUCAAACUCGAAAGAACUCGAUAACCUCAUCACCCGGGAGUUUCACGCAAAUCCCAACCUACAAAAUAACUCCAACGUACAACUCAUCGGAGACUUUUCUACGGAUGGCACCCCAUCGGUGUCAUUUGAGUGGUCCUGGACAUGGAAGCCUCCCAAGGGACCAGAAGACAAAGGGGGCGGCUGGCGAAACAGCUGCAGUUUGCUGGACUAUGAUCAGAGGACUAAUCGCCUGAAUACCCUUGCUCACUUUUCCUUCUGGGUGCACAACUCGGUGCGGCUGCUCCCAAGUCCGCGGAUAUCGUCGCCCAACCUUGAGCUACCGGUCCCUCCUCGCAGCCGCGUCCCCUCUACCCAAUCCACGGCUUCUCAUUUCAGUGACACGGAGAUCACUCAUCAUAAUAUUCCUUCCAUCACUCCGCCCGAGACCGUAGACGGGGCACCCCCUGCCCCGACACAACCCCCACCCCCACCUCCCGUGAAAGUUGAUCUGCCACAUUCUCGACCCGGAGAUGACAUGAGUGUUGUGGAAGAUGGGCCACUAUUCCGAGCGACCAUGAAAGCGCUGGAACAGAAAACGGGUAAUAUGCGCGCGAAAACAAAGAAGGUGCUUAAAAAGGCCGAAGCGGCCCAGCAGGCCCAGGCAUCCUGCAAUGAUGCCAUGGAAGCGUUUUUGGGCUCCUUAGGGGAGACGUCAACUUCUAAUGGCAACGUUAUUCAGCCUGCGUUGGAUCACUAUUUCGAGAGGAUUGCCCGUCAGAUUCUGACUUACGAGCAGCUGAAUACGCUUCAGCUACAAAAGCUUGUCAUUGAACCCCUUAUUAAGGUUUAUCAUAAUGAUAUCAAGCAAGCAGAGUCAAAGAAAAAGGACUUUGAUGAGGAGAGUCGGGACUAUUACGCCUAUGUUAGCCGAUAUUUGGGCCAGCGGCAGGACUCACUCAAGGAGAAGAAGCGAGCCGAAAGUGACUCGAAAUACCAGGCCAAACGGCGAAACUUUGAGCUGAAGCGCUUUGAUUAUUCCUCUUUCAUGCAGGAUCUUCACGGUGGCCGCAAGGAACAAGAGGUGCUCUCACACCUCACUAAGUAUGCGGACUUCCAAGCCAAGAAUUUCUUGGCAGCGGCAAAAAGGAUUGAAGAAAUGGUCCCCCAACUGGAUGCACUUAUCUACGAAGUUAAUCAGGCCGACAAGGAGUUCCAAUUCAAGCGAACCGAGCGUGAGGAGAAGCGCAGGGCCCUCGAAAAGAACAGUAAUCCAUACCUUGAACCUGAUGCCGUGGCCGGUGGCACGAGUGUCUCAACUAUAUUUCCUGGAACUGCCAACGGAACUGCUUCUACGGAGACUGAGUUGGGCCGAGCCGAUAGCACAAGCUCCCAGCUGCGUGGCGUCAUCAGCAACAGCUCGUCCGUCUCAUCCCAAGCCAACGCAGGGUCAGUCAGCUCAACCGCUGGUGGUAGCUCUGCACCUACAACUAGCGCAGGUCCUACCGGCGCUUCGGGUCAAAAUCGUUUCAAGGGCAUUCGGGAUCUUGAAGAGCGGGAAUCGCUCGGGACUGAUCGUGCUGCUGGACAGCAACGAAAAGAAGGGUUGUUGUGGGCUCUUUCCCGUCCUGGGUCCCAUAUGGACCCCAAAGGUAUCAACAAGCAGGCUUGGCAUAAAUUCUGGAUUGUAUUAGACCAAGGGAAACUCUCAGAGUACAGCAACUGGAAGCAAAAACUAGAUCUCCACAUGGAGCCUAUCGAUCUUCGAAUGGCAUCUGUUCGCGAAGCUCGCAAUGCUGAGCGACGAUUCUGCUUUGAAGUUAUAACACCACAGUUCAAGCGAGUCUAUCAGGCUACUUCAGAGGAUGACAUGGCGAAUUGGAUUCGCUCUAUCAACAAUGCACUGCAAAGUGCAGUGGAGGGUAGAGGAAUGCCGCUGGCACCCCCUGUUUCGUCUAAGAGCGAGUCAUCUACCGGUCGUGAUAUUGGGUCUGUGUUAACGGGUAAAAGCUCAUCCGUAUCUGGUCAUCACUCCUAUUCAAGCAGCUCGGCUGCUGGUGUGACGCGCCGUACAACGGUUGGAGCACGCCCCAGCUAUGUUCGCAACGACAGUAACAACUAUGAGGAGAACCCCUCACGGCUACUACAGACCGUGCGCGAUGCUGACGAGGGGAACAAUUGGUGCGCCGAUUGUGGGUCUUCCUCCAAGGUCGAAUGGGUGUCAAUCAACCUCGGCAUUGUGCUGUGCAUUGAGUGCAGUGGUAUCCACCGAUCUUUGGGGACCCACAUCUCCAAGAUCCGAUCCUUGACUCUUGAUGUUCAUUCCUUUUCAAACGACAUUGUUGAGAUUCUCUUACAGGUCGGCAAUCGGGUUAGCAACAUGAUCUGGGAGGCAACACUGGACCAGUCGCUCAAACCAAGCGCAGCGUCCACAAGGGAGCAGCGUCUCAAGUUCAUCACGGCCAAAUAUGUUGAUCGAGCUUAUGUGGAGCAAUUGCCAUCUUCCCGAUCCCGGUUUGCGACUCCUAACGAAACACUCCUUGCCUCCAUCAAGACGAAUGACAUUCAAGGUGUCCUAUAUGGGAUGGCACUACGCGCCAAUGUCAAUGUCCCAGAUCGGUCCCGCAAUACACACGCUGUCUUCUUGGCCCUUGCUGCCGCUGACCCUGCUUCACCUGGAUCCACACCUACUAGCCUGACCGCUCGUUCCAACGCCAAAGCAAUCCCUUUCCCCGUUGCCGAACUGCUGGUCCAGAACGGCGCGGAGAUCCCCCCACAACCUCCCUCCAUCCCUCUAUCCCCCGCUGCACAGCUGUAUCUCAGUCAGCGCACUGCGCGGAAUUCUGCAUUCAGCGCCCCCAGUCCUGCCGCAAAGACUACCGCUAGUGACACUCUUGGGUCCCUGCCCACCAUUCGGGGCUCCAGCAGGGACAGUUCGGCUUCAUCUGGGUCCCAAGUGCCUAACUCCGAUACGAAGGAGAAAGACAAGUUGUCCAAGCGAGGAAGCGCCGGCGCACGAUUCGCAGGGAAGGUAGCAUCCCUCGGGAUUGACCGAUAA